UUAAAUUGGGGAUAAUAAUCUCUCUUUUUUUCCUCUUUUUUAUUUUGCGCUGCAAAAAGGGGCUGCUGCAGCAGCACCAAAAACCUUAUUCAGUUAUUAUUCUUCUUCUUGAUCAUGGAGGCGCAACCCCAACCUCCAACGCCGUCAACGGCACCGCCGUUAUCCUCCGUUGCACCACCGCCACCACACCUCAACUACCCCGAUUCAGUCGACUCCUCUCCGCGUUCUCGCAACACGGAUUCGUGGGACGAACCUUUCCCUCCGGCGUCAACGAAACUCCGUCUCAUGUGCAGUUACGGCGGCCACAUCGUUCCUCGUCCACAUGAUAAAUCUCUCUGUUACGUCGGCGGUGAUACUCGAAUCGUGGUGGUUGAGCGUGUAACCUCACUCGCGGAGUUAUCCACGCGCCUCUCGAAAACCUUCCUUAACGGAAGACCGUUCACGCUGAAGUAUCAGCUUCCGAACGAAGAUUUAGAUUCAUUGAUUUCUGUUACCACUGAUGAAGAUUUGGAAAACAUGAUCGAUGAAUACGAUCGAACGGCUUCGGCGAAUUCUUCUAUCAAACCCUCGCGAAUUCGGCUUUUUCUUUUUCCGACUAAACCUGAAUCUGCUCACUCGAUUCCGCCACAAAUUCUCGAUACUUCGGCUAAAUCGGAUGAUUGGUUCCUUGAUGCGUUAAACGGUGCUGGAUUGCUUAAUCGAGGGUUUUCUGAAUCGGCUUCUGUUAACAAUCUUUUAGGUCUUGAUGAUGAUGUAGCUGGGAAUAAUAUUGAACCUGGCUCUAGAGAACCUCCUGAAGGUGUUUCUCAACCUGGAUCUUUUGGGAAUGGUAAGAAUUUGAAGCAGGAUGUUCACUCGGUUCCUGAUUCUCCUAUGAUGGAAACUUCGUCGUCUUUUGGUUCAACCUCCUCGUCUCCGUCGUUGGCGAAUUUGCCUCCAAUUAGGGUGCAUGUGGAAGAUGGUAAUUCUGCUGGAGUUAGGGUUCAGCAGCAACAGCUGCAACAGCAGGAUCAGAAGGUUUUGGGGAUUGAAGAACAGUUUGCUCAAAUGGGAGUUGGUGUUGUUCAGAAGCAGGAUGAGGGAUUUGCUGUGAUGUCUUCGCCGCCUCAUCCACCGGUUCCGACUACUCUUGCUACGGCGGUGAUUGGUGUUCCGAUUGGUUCUGCUGUGGCUGUUGGUGAAUAUCAGAAUAGAGUUUUCUCUGAUGAUGAGAGAUCUGAUCAUGGAGUGGCUGUGGGAUAUAGAAAACCACCAAAUCCUCAGCCACAGGUUGUUCAACAGCCACCGGCUCAAACUCAGCAACAACCACAACAACCUCCUCAAUUUCAACAAAAGUCGAGUGGUGGAGGAGGCGCUGAUUUGCCUUCUCCUGAUUCAGUUGCAAGUGAUAAUAGUAGUCUUUCAAAUCCAAUGUCACGUCAAAAACCUGUUAUCUAUCAAGAGCAAGUUCAGAUUCAAUCUGGAGCUACAAGGGUUCUAAGUAACCCUGUGGAUCCGAAACUCAAUUUAUCUGAUCCACAGGGUAGGAUCCAAUUGCAGCAACACGUACAGGACCCUGGAUAUUUACUGCAACAACAAUUUGAACUCCAGCAGCAACAGCAGCAAUUCGAACUACAGCAACAUCAGCAACAUCAGCAACAGUUUGAACUCCAGCAGCAGCAACAGCAGCCUCAACAACAACAACAGCAGCCUCAACAUCAACAGCAACAGCAGCCUCAACAUCAACAACAGCAACAGCAGCCUCAACAGCAGCAGCUUCAACAACAGCUUCAACAACAGCAGCAGCAGCAGCAGCAGCAGUUUAUACAUGGGGGACACUACAUUCAUCAUAACCCUGCAAUUCCUGCAUACUAUCCUGUAUAUCCUUCACAGCAACAGCCCCAUCAUCAGGUUUACUAUGUUCCUGCAAGACAGCCACAAGCUUACAAUCUUCCUGUGCAGCAGGCUAAUAUAGGGGAUUCUGCCACAACAAUGUCUUCUAGUAGACCCCAAAACCCUCCAAACCCUACUACACUGGUUCAACCAAAUGCAGCUUACAACCCCAUUAGAAAUGCCCCCCUACCCAAAACAGAAAUGACAGCAGCUGCUUACAGAGCUGCAACUUCAGGCAACCCUCAAUUUGUACAAGUUCCUACAGCCCAGCAUCAGCAACAAUAUGUCACUUACUCUCAGAUCCACCAUCCUUCCCAAUCCAUGGCCCCUAAUUCUGCUGCCCCUGCCAAUUAUGCCUAUGAAUUUGCUGAUCCUGCACAUGCUCAAAUAUACUACUCUCAGCCUAUGGCGCCCACAAUGCCUUCACAGUACCAGACCAUGGCAGCUGCUACUCUGAUGCAGCCGGAAAUUUCUGCACAGCAUCCCUCGGAUGGCAUGAAGCAACAGAUAAGAACCUCACAGCAGCUAUAAGCAAGUCUACAUAAAAGAAACAAUUUUGAAAAAUUGGUUUGGUUUCCUUUUAAGUUUUAUAUAUGCAGUUGUCGUUGGGUCGUCGUGUCUGGUACAUGUUUGUGGUAUGUAUUUGCCAUAGAAAAUAAGAAACUGUGAUCAUCUUGUACUCUUUCUUGUAUUUCAUAAUUCAUAGGAAAGGAAAUCUGUCCAAGGUUAUUAUACUGUAUAAGUCGAAGUCUGAAACAUUAUAUUGUGAAGUUCAAAUUUUAAUUCCUGAAAUGAUUGUCAUAUAA